AUGGCAGAAGCCGCACAACAGAUUCCCGAAGACAUUCACAUGGAAACUGAUGACGAGACGCAUCCGCAAAAACGAGAUGCAGAGUCAAGCGCGAUCUUGGAGGGAAGCGGCAUUUCCUGCGACGUUGUGUGCACCCGCGUCGAAAGCACUCCGGACACUUCACUGGUGGAGUACAUCGAUAUCGCGCCCGAUUCGGAGGAGGUGGAUUUGAGUCACAGUCGCAUAGACAAGAUCGAGGAUAUGCAGAUGCUGACAAAGGUAAAAAGUUUGUGUUUCCGACAGAACUUGAUCAAGAAGAUCGAAAAUCUGCACUUCUUGGCGUCGACGUUAGUUGAACUCGACCUGUACGACAACCAGCUGGAAAAAGUGGAGAACCUGGACGCGCUUGUGAAUUUGGAACACCUGGACUUGUCUUUCAAUCGUAUACGCGUCAUCGAGAACUUGGACCACCUGACGAACCUGAAACGGCUGUACUUUGUGCACAACAAGAUCACGCAGAUCGCCAAUCUGGACGCGUUGCAUAAGCUGGAAAUCUUGGAGCUGGGUGACAACCGCCUUCGCAAGAUUGAGAACCUGGACAGCUUGACGAACCUUACCGAGCUCUAUCUGGGUAAGAAUAAGAUUACGGUGAUUGAGGGUUUGACGAAACUGACCAAGUUACGGAUAUUGAGCAUACAGAGCAAUCGUCUGACCGUCAUCCAGGGUCUGGAGACGUUGGUCGAGCUGCGCGAACUGUACUUGAGCAGUAACGGCAUUUCGAAUAUCGACGGUUUGGGCGGUAAUCUAAAGCUGAAUAUUUUGGACCUGGCUUGCAACCGCAUUGCUAAUCUGAAGAACCUCGAUCACUUGCUGGAUCUGCAAGAACUGUGGUUCAACGACAACCUGCUCAGCGACUUUCGCAAGCUGGACGACUUGCAGCCGUGUCUCAAGCUGAACACCGUCUACUUUGAGCGCAACCCAAUUUACAGCGAUCCGAAUUAUCGCCGCAAGGUGAAACUUGCCUUUCCUCAUCUGGACCAGAUCGACGCUACCUUGUGCCAUGCUUAA